ACCCUGGGCCCCCAGCUUUCCGCUGGGACUGACGGAAAUGAGGGGCGGCUGAGCCCCUGAGGGGCGCGCCCCGAGGCCCAGCGUGGACCGCACUCCGCCCUACUGCAGCAGUCCCGCCUUUGCGCCGGCGCGCUGAGGGCAGCCCAGGCCCCGCCCCCUGGCCAGCGGUGCCAGGAUGGUGGGGGAACUACGCUACAGGGAGUUCAGGGUGCCCCUGGGGCCGGGCUUGCAUGCCUAUCCGGAUGAGCUGAUCCGCCAGCGAGUGGGCCACGAUGGCCACCCUGAGUACCAGAUCCGCUGGCUCAUCCUCAGGCGCGGAGAUGAUGAGGAAGGGAGCUCCAGCCAAGUGGACUGCAAGGCUGAGCACAUCCUGCUGUGGAUGUCUGACAACGAAAUCUAUGCCAACUGCCACAAGAUGCUAGGCGAGGAUGGCCACGUCAUUGGGCCUUCGAAGGAAUCUGCAGAGGCCGGGACCUUGGACAAAUCUGUGCUGGGGGAGAUGGAAACAGAUGUGAAAUCCUUGAUUCAGAGGGCCCUUCGGCAGCUGAAGGAGUGUGUGGGCACUGUCCCUCCUGCCCCUUUGCUUCACACAGUCCACGUCCUCAGUGCCUAUGCCAGCAUUGAGCCCCUCACUGGGGUCUUCAAAGACCCAAGAGUCCUAGACUUGCUCAUGCACAUGUUAAGUAGUUCCGAUUAUCAGAUCCGAUGGAGUGCAGGCCGGAUGAUACAAGCCCUAUCCUCCCAUGAUGCUGGUGAGGGGCAGUUUGGGGAGGAAGGGAAAACAGGAGAGGGUCUGGGUCGGCUCAGGGAUUCACAAGACACUGUGGCAGGAGCUUCUGACUUCAUCAGGACUCGGACCCAGAUCCUUCUGACAUUGAGCCAACAAGAGGCCAUUGAGAAACACCUGGAUUUCGACAGCCGCUGUGCCCUGCUAGCACUCUUUGCACAGGCCACUCUCUCUGAACACCCCAUGUCAUUUGAGGGCAUUCAGCUGCCACAGGUCCCAGGAAGGCUGCUGUUCUCCCUGGUAAAGCACUAUUUGCAUGUCACCUUCCUCCUGGAUCAGAUGAAUGGCAGUGCUGGAGAACAAGGAGCCCAGAACAACUCUGUCCCUGAGGAGUUGAAUGUGGAGCGGGGCCAGCUGGAGCUGGAAUUCAGUAUGGCCAUGGGCACGCUGAUCUCUGAACUGGUGCAGGCCAUGCGCUGGGACUGGGCCUCAGGCAGACCAGGGAAUUUGGCACGGUCCUCCUCUUCCAUCUUCCAGCCUCAGCUUGUAGAUGCCAGCUCAGAGUUCCCACACCCCCAGGCCCAGCACUCCUUCAGGAGGUCAAGGAGGUUUCGCCCCCGUACGGAGUUUGCAAGUGGCAAUACCUAUGCCUUAUAUGUGCGGGACAUGCUGCAGCCAGGGAUGAGGGUGCGGAUGCUGGAGGAUUAUGAAGAGAUCGCUGCUGGGGAUGAAGGUGAAUUCCGGCAGAGCAACAAUGGUGUACCUCCCGUGCAGGUGUUCUGGGAGUCAACAGGCCGUACCUACUGGGUACACUGGCACAUGCUAGAGAUCUUGGGCUUUGAGGAGGACAUUGAGGCUGAUGAGUACCAGGGAGCAGGGCUCAGUGGAGCCUGGGGUGGAGCCCCACCCUCCUGGCGCUGGAAGCCCUUGACUGAACUCUACGCUGUGCCAUAUGUGGUGCCUGAGGAGGAAGACACUGAAGAGAGUGAACAUCUGGCCCAGGCUGAGUGGUGGGAGCUCUUCUUCUUCAUCAAGAAGCUAGAUAGAUCAGACCACCAGCAGGUUGUGCAGAUCCUGCAGGAAAACCUGGAUGGGGAGCACAUUCUGAAUGAUGAAAUCCUGCCUUAUCUGACCGUACCCAUUGAGUUGGCCCAGGACCUGCUGGUGGCUCUCCCUCAGCGACUUGAUGACAGUGCCCUUAGGGACCUGUUCAACUGCUAUGUCUACAGGAAGUAUGGGCCUGAGGCCCUAGCAGGGCAGCUGGCCUACCCAUCCCUUCUAGACGCCCAGCAAGAUGUAUUCCUGUUCAAACCCCAGCCCCAGGAAUCAGAAGAUGCAGCCAGAGUGGAAGCAAAAGAACGCCCAUCUCAGAGUGCCAGCCCUGCCUUGCAGCAACUGGUGGAUGGUUUGGGUCCAUCUGGGAAGCUCCUUGUGGAUCUGGAGCAAGCUCUCAGCUCUGUGGUGCCCCAGGAAAGUGAGGUCAAGCAAUGCAUGCUGCAGCUCCAGAGGCAGCCCCAACCCUUCCUCACACUGAUGCAGAGCCUGGAUACUCCAGCCACUAACAAAGCCCUACAUCUGACUGUGCUGAGAAUCCUGAAGCAGCUGGUGGACUAUCCCGAGGCGUUGCUGCUACCUUGGCAUGAAGCCAUGGAUGCAUGCAUGACCUGCCUACGGUCUCCUAAUACUGACCGAGAGGUGCUCCAGGAACUGAUUUUCUUCCUGCACCACCUGACCUCCACAAGCAGGGACUAUGCUGUGAUACUAAACCAGCUGGGAGCCCGAGAUGCCAUCUCUAAGGCCCUGGAAAAGCACAUGGGGAAGCUUGAGUUGGCUCAGGAGCUUCGGGACAUGGUGUUCAAGUGUGAGAAGCACGCCCAUCUCUACAGGAAGCUCACCACCAACAUCCUAAGUGGCUGCAUCCAGAUGGUGCUGGGCCAGAUUGAAGAUCACAGAAGAACCCAUCGGCCCAUCCAAAUCCCUUUCUUUGAUGUGUUCCUCAGAUAUCUGUGCCAGGGCCCCAGCGCAGAAGUGAAGGAGGACAAGUGCUGGGAGAAGGUAGAGGUGUCGUCCAACCCACAUCGGGCCAGCAAACUGAUAGAUCGCAACCCCAAGACCUACUGGGAGUCCAGUGGCAGUGCUGGGUCCCACUCCAUCACCUUGCACAUGCGUCAGGGUGUCCUCAUCAGGCAGCUGACUCUGCUGGUGGCUGGUGAAGACGCAAGCUACAUGCCAGCACGGGUGGUGGUGUGUGGGGGCGAAAGCACCAGCUCCAUCAACACAGAACUCAACUCGGUGAAUGUGAUGCCAUGUGCCAGCCGGGUGAUCCUCCUGGAGAACCUCACCCACUUUUGGCCCAUCAUCCAGAUUCGCAUAAAGCGCUGCCAGCAGGGCGGCAUUGACACACGCAUUAGGGGACUGGAGGUCCUGGGCCCCAAGCCUACCUUCUGGCCAGUGUUCCGGGAGCAGCUGUGUCGACACACACGCCUCUUCUACAUGGUUCGGGCUCAAGCCUGGAGCCAGGACAUAGCAGAGGACCGAAGGAGCCUCCUGCACCUGAGUUCUAGACUCAACGGGGCUCUGCGCCAGGAGCAGAAUUUUGCUGACCACUUCCUCCCUGAUGAUGAGGCUGCCCAAGCACUGGGCAAGACCUGCUGGGAGGCGCUGGUCAGCCCCCUGGUGCAGAACAUCACCUCUCCCGAUGAAGAUGGCACAAGCUCCCUCGGCUGGCUGCUGGAUCAGUAUCUGGAGUGCCGGGAGGCUGCCCACAACCCUCAGAGCCGUGCUGCAGCUUUCUCCUCACGGGUGCGCUGCCUCACCCACCUGCUGGUGCAUGUGGAGCCCUGUGAGGCAGCACCUCCCAUGGUGGCCAUCCCACAACCCAAGGGCAGAAACAGAAGCCACGACUGGAGCUCCUUGGCUACCCGGGGCCUUCCAAGUAGCAUCAUGAGGAACCUGACCCGCUGUUGGCAGACUGUGGUAGAGGAGCAGGUGAACAACUUUCUGACGUCAUCCUGGCACGAUGAUGACUUUGUGCCACGCUAUUGCGAACAUUUUUAUAACCUGCAGAAGUCGAGCUCUGAGCUGUUUGGUCCACGAGCUGCCUUCUUGCUGGCCAUGCAAAAUGGCUGUGCUGAUGCCUUGCUGAGGCUCCCUUUUCUCAGAGUAGCCCACGUGACUGAGCAGUUUGCCCGGCACAUUGACCAGCGGAUCCAGGGCAGUCGAAUGGGUGGAGCCCGGGGGCUGGAGAUGCUGGCACAAUUGCAGAGAUGCUUGGAAUCAGUCCUAAUUUUCUCUGGCCUGGAGAUAGCCACCACCUUUGAGCACUACUACCAGCAUUACAUGUCUGACCGUCUCCUGGGCGUAGGCACAAGCUGGCUAGAGGGGGCUGUGCUGGAGCAGAUUGGUCCCUGUUUCCCAAACCGGCUCCCCCAGCAGAUGCUACGGAGCCUGAGCACCUCAGAGGAGCUGCAGCGCCAGUUCCAUGUUAACCAGCUCCAGCGGCUCGAUCAGGAACUCCUGAAGCUGGAGGACACAGAGAAGAAAAUACAGGUAGGUCAUGAGGAGGACAAUGGCAUGGAGCAUGAGAGGAAGGAGGAGGACAUUGGGGCGGCAGCAGCCAUGGCUAUAGCAGGAGAGGAGGACUACGAAGAGGAGGAGGAGGAAGAGGAGGAGGAGGACCUCUACUAUGAAGGGACAAUAUCAGAAGUAUCUGUGCUUGUCUUAUCUCCACGCUACUGGCCUGUCUCUUCCAUCUGCCACAUGCUGAACCCCACAACCUGCCUGCCCUCCAACCUGAGGGACACCUUGAACUGCUACUCUAACUUCUACAGCAAGAGUCAGAGCCACCCUGUCUUAGAGAAAGGGCCACAGAGAAGAUUGCAGUGGACGUGGCUGGGCCGGGCUGAACUGCAAUUUGGGGACCAGAUUCUCCAUGUGUCUACAGUACAGAUGUGGCUGCUGCUCUCCCUCAAUGAUAUGAAGGUGCUGUCUGUUGAGAGCCUGCUAGAGCUCUCGGGGCUCCCGCCGGAGGUGCUGAAUCAGGCAAUUGGGACUCUCACCUCAUCAAGGGGCCCCUUGGAUCUUCAGGAGCUGAAGGAUAUACCAGGAGGGGUGCUCAAGGUUCGAGAUGACAGUGAGGAACCCAGGCCCAGGAGGGGCAAUGUGUGGCUUAUUCCACCUCAGACAUACCUGAAAGCUGAGGACGAAGAGGGCCGCAACUUGGAGAAGAGACGAAAUCUCCUAAAUUGCCUUGUUGUCCGAAUCCUCAAGGCUCACGGAGAUGAGGGACUGCACAUUGACCAGCUUGUCUAUCUGGUGCUAGAGGCUUGGCAGAAGGGCCCGUGUCCUCCCAGGGGUUUGGUCAGCAGCCUUGGCAGGGGGGCUGCAUGUAGCAGCACUGACGUCCUCUCCUGUAUUCUGCACCUCCUGGGCAAGGGCACACUGAGACGCCAUGAUGACCGACCCCAGAUGCUGUACUACGCAGUCCCUGUAACUGUGAUGGAGCCCCACACUGAGUCCCUAAACCCGGGCUCCUCAGGCCCCAAUCCCCCACUCACCUUCCACACUCUGCAGAUUCGCUCUCGGGGUGUGCCUUAUGCCUCCUGCACUGGCACCCAAAGCUUCUCCACUUUCCGGUAGCCCUGGAGAUGGGGUCCAGGGUGGGUGAAGUUGGGGGGGGGUCCAUAGAAAUAAAACAGGAAUUUGAUU